AUGGCCGAGGCGGGUACAUUGCCUUUCGAACUGCUCGCUACACAGGCCACAUCUCGGACGGCUAUUCGACUACAGUCCAAAAAUACCAACUAUGCUGUAGCACUCACUCAACGAACAUUUGAUCGUCUUCUAGAGCUAACGGAUUCAUCGCUUCCCGCAGUUAGUCAGCAAGAUCGACUGAUCGAUCGCGUGUGGCAUGCCCGUAAACCGGUUGUUUUGUGGGACGUGAAAAUAAAAGUACGCGCUGGCGAUCCACCGGAGAAAGUUCAGCCUAUUGUUCGACAACUCCUAGAAACGCGAUUCAAUCGAUCAACUGUCGUUUACACCGAUGGUUCCAAAGACAGCAACGGUUCUACAGUAGGUGCCGCAUUCUUCAACAAUGGCAUUAUGGGAACGUACAGCCUUCCAAAAGAAUGUAGUGUUUUCUCUACUGAGGCCUAUGCCCUUAAAAUGGCCGCUGCCAUUCGUAAAUUCAAUAAUGAACUAGUGAUUCUAACGGACUCUGCUAGCUGUCUGAUGGCGCUGGAGGCUGAGAAGUCUCGACACGCUUGGAUACAGGAAGUGGAGCGAAUAGCUCAAAGCAAACCAAUACGAUUCUGUUGGGUUCCUGGACAUGCUGGAGUUAACGGUAACUCCAAAGCUGAUCGACUAGCCAACGAGGCCAGAAGACAACCAACCAUCGACGUUGCAAUCCCUGCUGAGGAUGCGGUUAAAGCCAUUAAAAAAGCAAUACGCCGUCAAUAG